UUUUUCCCCAAUACGUUUUAAAGAGAAAAAGUUGAUGAAUACGAAACACCGAUACUUUCCCUAAUACUCGCUUCCUUGUUGCCGUUCCUCUCCUCUCGCAAGGUGUCUAACCUCACGGAAGAUUAGGUUCAAAUAUGGCGCCGGAGAUCCGCUACUUCGAGUUGAACACUGGUGCGAAAAUCCCUUCCGUCGGGCUCGGAACUUGGCAGGCGGACCCAGGUGUCGUUGGCCAAGCUGUUGAAACCGCAAUCAAGAUUGGAUACCGCCAUAUCGACUGUGCCCGGGCUUAUGAGAAUGAAAAGGAGAUUGGUGAUACUCUCAAAAAGCUGUUUGCUGAUGGAGUUGUCAAGCGUGAAGAUUUGUUUAUUACAUCUAAACUCUGGUGCAGUGACCAAGAUCCUGAAGAUGUGCCUGGGGCAUUGGACAAGACUCUGGAAGACUUGCAACUUGACUAUGUUGACUUAUAUCUUAUUCACUGGCCAUUGAAGAUGAAGAAAGGCUCUGUCAGCUUUGAUCCCCAUAACUUCCUUCCCACAGACUUGUCUGCCACAUGGAAAGCCAUGGAACCACUCUAUGAUUCUGGCAAGGCCCGAGCUAUUGGGGUCAGCAACUUCACAGUAAAGAAACUUGGAGAUCUGUUAGAAACAGCCCGUGUUGUACCUGCUGUCAACCAGGUAGAAUUGCACCCAGUUUGGCAGCAACCAAAACUUAGGGAGUUUUGCAAUGCCAAGGGAAUUCACCUAUCUGGAUACUCACCAUUCGGUUCUCGCGGCACAACAUGGAUCAAAUAUGAUGUCCUCGAGCACCCUGUCUUAGUCUCCACUGCAGAAAAACUGGGUAAAACUCCUGGGCAGGUUGCCCUUCGAUGGGGACUACAGAUGGGCCACAGCGUGCUUCCAAAAAGCACGAAUCCAUCGAGGAUCAAGGAAAACUUUGAUGUUUUUGACUGGUCCAUUCCGGAUGACUUGCUGGCCAAAUUCUCCGAGAUCAAGCAGGAAAGACUCUUGCCAGGCGAGUUUGCAGUGCACGAGACGCUCAGCCAGUACAAGUCUCUUGAACAAGUGUGGGAUGGCGAGAUCUAAAAACGCGAUUUCAGUACGCGUGCGUUAUUCCUAAAAUGCGCUUUUGCGGCUUCUAUGUAUUACUACUGUUGUGCCUGCUACCUACACUCUUGCUUUUGACACCCUGCUCCGUUGUUUUUAUUUUCUUGUUAUAAGAAAAUAAAGUAAACAACUUAAUAAAAUCGCAAAAAUAAAUAAAUAAACCUAUGUUUUUAGGA